AUGCAUUCCAAUUUAGCAACAUUGAUUUUUUUACAUCUUUCAUACUUUCCUAACAUAGUUUUAAAAGUCGGUAACACUGUCGCUUUUUACCACGGAGAUAAAGUAUUCUGUGCUUUUUACUUUGUGUGCUUUGUGCUUUGUGAUGUCGUCGUUAAGUAUCGAGUGUCGUCGUCUUUCCUAAAGUUUUAUCAAGGUAUCCCUCAACUAAGUUGGUGA